AUGACACUACAAUCAUACAAGGAAAUAGCUUCGAAGAAGAGGCUUGAAAGAGAUUUGAAAUUUAAUAAAAAGUGGUUGAUUCUCGAAGAAAAACUACCAGGGAAGGAAGUGAAGGAUGUUCUUACAUGGCCAGUGAAAUCUGGUUAUUUGAGCGAGAAAGAGAUUGCAAUCACAGAGUCGUCCUUGGUAGAAAUUGCUGAAAAAAUCAAGAGUAAAACCUGGACAGCGUAUGAUGUUGCCAGUGCAUACUGCCAUAGAGCUUCUAUUGCACACCAAUUGGUGAAUUGUUUAUCAGAAGUUUUUUUCGAGGAGGGUUUGCAGCAAGCCAAGGAGCUGGAUGAGUAUUAUGAAGCUACUGGUAAAUUGAAAGGGCCAAUGCACGGAUUACCAAUAUCAUUAAAGGACAAUUUGAAUGUUAAAGGUCAGGCAACGACGAUUGGGUUUGUGGGAUUUGCAUUUGAGCCUGAAAAGUUUGAAUAUGACUCUCAAUUGGUUGCCACUCUCAGAGACAUGGGUGCUGUAUUCUGUUUCAAGACAAACGUUCCAGUUGCAAUGAUGAUGCCUGAAUCAAUCAAUUUUGUAUAUGGUAACACUGACAACCCUUUCAACAGGAGUUUGACCAGUGGUGGUAGUUCAGGCGGUGAGUGUGCGUUGGGAGCAUUGUUGGGUAGUUGUUACUGUGGUAUUGGUUCCGAUAUUGGUGGAUCGCUACGUAUACCUGCAUCUUUGCAAAACUUGUUCACUUUGAGGCCUUCCUCUGGUAGGUUUACUACUUACGGCGCAAGGUCUGGACUACCAGGUUUAGAGUCGGUUGCCAGUGUCAACGGGCCUAUUUCUACAAGGUUGGAGAACUUGGAAUUUUAUUGUAAGACGGUGGUCAAUGAAGGGAAACCAUGGUUGCACGAUCCGAAAUGUUUGGAAGUUCCGUGGAGGACAGUUGAAUUGCCAGAGAAGCUAACAUUUGCAGUACUGAAACACGACGGAGUGGUGAAGCCUUAUCCUGGCAUUAGUCGUGGUUUGGAUAUUGUCGUUGAGCAGUUGAAGAAGGAUGGGCAUGAGAUCAUUGAAUGGGAGCCAUUGCACCAUAAGAGACUGGGAGACAUCAUCACCGAGUUUUUCCUAAGUGAUGGUGGUAUUCAUUGUAAGGAUUACGCCAAUUUGACCGGGGAGCCCUUCUUCCCUUACAUGGAGAUGUACAACACGACCAAGGAAAAAGGCGUGAGUGAAUUGUGGGAUUUGCAUGCUGAGAGAACCAAGCUGUGUAAAGAAUACCUUGAUAAAUGGAAUGCUACUGCCAAGAAGACUUCGAGCGGCAAGCCGAUAGAUGCGAUUCUAUUGCCAGUGUCGGCGUACUCCGGAGUGAGUAACGGGAAGUUCAACUACGUUGGCUACACGUCUGUUUUCAACGCUCUAGACUGGGCAGCUGGUACCGUUCCUGUUACUAGAGUGGAUAAGGACAUUGACGUGAAUGACAAGGACUACGUUCCGGUGACGGAUCUGGACAAGCUGACUUACGAGGAGUACGUUCCCGAGGACGUUGACGGGGGCGCGAUCUCGGUGCAGAUUGUGUGCAAGAAGUUACAGGAGGAGAAGGUGGUGGAGUUGAUGAAGCUUGUUUCCAAGUCGAUCAACACGUUUGACUACUGGAAGAAGCAGUGA